GGGGCCGGGCGCGGCGGCGGGGCCGGGGCGGAGCCAGGCGGCCGCCUGCGCCGCUCGCCCUGCGCCGGCUGACGUGGCCCGGGCCCGGCUGGGACAUGGCGGACGGCAGCAGGCAGAGCAAGCUGGCCGCGGCCAAGAAGAAGCUGAAGGAAUAUCAGCAGAAGAAUAGCCCUGGAGCAACUGCGGGAGCCAAGAAGAAACGAAAAACUAAAGAAGGAAGCAGACCUGAGACUCCCACAAAUGAUGACCGACAGUCUCCAGAGAAUAUUCAGAACAUUCUGAAGGUGCUGGUGUCAGACCUUAACCGCUCCAAUGGGGUAGCCAUACCCUCAUUGGACAAGAGGAAGGCAUACUUUGACAGUGAUGUUGCCACUCGUAAUGCUGAACAGCUUGCUGCCGAUGUCCCUGUGCUAUCUAACAGCAACAGUCUGCCUAGUUGUGGUUCUGUUCUGCCUGCUCCUGGGAGCAUGCAGCUGACACAGAUUCAUGAAGCUGAAGAUCAUAAAAAUGCCUUGGAUGAGAACAGGUCUCUUUCAUCAACAGAAAGUCUCCGCCAGUUGUCCGAACAGCUCAAUGGCCUGGUUUCUCAGUCUACGUCAUAUGUGAAUGGAGAAAGUGCUGUUUCUUCCACAAACAUUAAGGAAAUGGAAACACGUUACCAGGAGCUGGCAGUAGCCCUAGAUUCCAGCAAUCUAACUAACAAACAGCUCAUUACAAAGAUAGAGGAAUUGAAACAGCAGAACCAAGAAGCAAUGAAUCAGCUGGAGAAGGAAAAGAAGGAGUUUGAACAGAAAUUUUCUAAAGAACAAGCAGCACUGAGGGAACAGCUGCAGGUUCAUAUUCAGACUAUUGGAAUUCUAGUUUCUGAGAAGUCUGAGUUGCAGACGGCCCUCGGGCAUACUCAACAAGCUGCGCGGCAGAAAUCAGGAGAAGCUGAAGACCUUGCUGCUCGUUUGCAGUCAUCUCGCCAGAGGGUAGCAGAGCUAGAACGCACCUUAUCCUCCAUCUCUAUGCAACAGAAACAGUCAGACAAGCAUAAUAAAGAGUUAGUGAAGGAACGAGACAACCUGAAACUGGAACUGUACAAACAGAGCAAAGGUAGUGAGGAACUGAAGCAGCAGAACUCAGAACUGUCCGAGAAACUUCGCUCCCUGGUUUCUGAGAACUCAGCCAUGAAGCUGGAUAUGGAGGAUUUGCAUAAGAAACUGGAGAUGGCUGAACUGAUGAUCCAACAGUUCUCAAAUCAGUCAGGGAGUCUGGAUGCCAACCAACAGUUGCAGAUAGCACUGGAGGAGAGGGCAAGCCUGGAAACGCAGAUUGCUCAGCUCUCGGAGUCACUUCACCAGCUGCGGGCAGAAAGAGAUCAGUAUGUAGAGAAACUGAAGGAGGAGGGGAGCAUUUGGCAGCAGCGGGUACAGCAGCUCUCUGAGCAGGUCCACACAAUGGCAGAGGAGAAGGAGAAGCAUGUGACCCAAAUUCGGGAGCUGGAAGCCAAUGUUACAGAACUGUUGAGCAAAUCAGCAGUUAAGCCCAUGGAUAUUGAGCCUUCCUCACCGUCAGGGCCCACAGAAGCUGAGCUGAGUCUGCAGGAAGAGGUCCAGCGGCUGCAGCAAGAAAAGGAGGAACUGCACGGGCAGUACCAGGCCCAGGUCCGGGACAAUGAGCAGCUGAGCCACCUCAACAGGGAGCAGGAGGAGCGGCUGCUGGAGCUCGAGAAGGCCGUGCAGCGCUACAGCGAGGAGUCUGUGGACAGACAGCAGAUCCUGGAGAGCAUGCAGAGUGACAAGGCCACAAUCAGUAGGGCUCUGAGCCAAAACCGGGAGCUGAAGGAGCAGCUGGCUGAAUUGCAGAAUGGGUUUGUCAAACUGACAAAUGAAAACAUGGAGGUUACAAGUGCCCUACAGUCAGAGCAACAUGUAAAGAAGGAGUUGGCCAAGAAGCUUGGGCAGCUGCAGGAGAACCUGGGGGAGCUCAAAGAGACGCUGGAACUGAAAACCCAGGAAGCUAGGGGACUGCAGGACCAGCGGGACCAGUACUACAGCCACUUGCAACAGUACACUGUGGCAUACCAGCAGCUGGCUGCUGAGAAAGAGGAACUGCACAAGCAGUUCUUGCUUCAGACACAGCUUAUGGAUCGGCUACAGCAUGAGGAAGUUCAGGGGAAGGUGACUGUGGAAAUGCACCUGAAGGAGCUGCAGCAGACUAAGGAAAGUCUGGAAGCUGUAGCUAAGGAAAACAAAGAGCUGCAGGCCCAGAUCAGUCAGUUAGCAGCAGAGCUGGAUGGCAGGAUGUUGCACCGAGUGGAAGGAGAUGGAGUUGAAAGUGAAGCAAUGAUUGAAGAAAACCCAAAAUCUUCAUUUGUGAUCCCAGAGAACUUUGAAAGCCAUGAAGAAAUGGUUGCCUUCUUGACAUCUGCCAUGUCCCAGGUGGAGAAGGAGCGAGAAGAUAUGAGACAACAGCUGACUGCUCAGAAACAGCAGUGCAGAAGUCUCCUGCAGCAAAUAGCAGCUCUUAGGCAGGAGCAGCAACAUAAUGCCACACUGAGUGGAGAUUCCACUAUGGAUACUGUUCCAGUGGAGGUUCACGAGGCUUUGAAAACUGCCAUGGAGAAACUACAGUCCCGUUUCACAGACCUGAUGCGUGAGAAAGCUGAUCUGAAGGAACGGCUAGAAGAGCUAGAACAUCGCUGCAUACAGCUGUCUGGGGAAACAGACACCAUUGGGGAAUAUAUUGCAUUAUACCAGAGUCAAAGGGCUAUCCUCAAACAGCGGCACCAAGAGAAAGAGGAGUACAUCAGCAGGUUGGCUCAGGAUAAGGAAGAGAUGAAGGUGAAGUUAUUGGAACUGCAGGACUUGGUGAUGCGUCUGGUUGGGGAAAGAAAUGAAUGGUACAGCAAGUAUGUGGCAGCUGCUGAGAACCCAGAGCUGUUAGCAAGCCAGAAUGAGAGUAUGCUUCCAGUGGAGAGGCGCAUUGAACUGAAUGCUACUGAUGGAGAAGGAUUACGAGAAGUGAGUUUAUCAGAUGAACCUGAACAAGAGGCUGUUCUUCAUCAGUCCAGUUUCUCCCCUAUUGACAGUAAAGCUGCUCAGCCAAACCAAGAGGAUCCCACAGCAAAGCAAAUAAUGCAGCUUCUCAGAGAAAUCCAGAACCCUCAGGAGAGGCUGGGCUCCCUGCCAGAAAACCCCUGCAUUCCCUUCUUUUACCGUGCUGAUGAGAAUGAUGAGGUCAAAAUCAUGGUGGUUUAAGUGACACUAAUCUUAUUUACAGCAAUUUUCUAUGAGCCUGUAAGGACUCAAACUGACUUGUACUUGCCCUGUACCUCUGCCCAAUGUCCUUGGUCAGAACAGGUAUCUGCUUUAAAGACCUGAGGAAAGGGAGACUGCAUCAGAUGGAACUCAAGCAUCCGACCUCAUCUUCCCUUCCUCCCCUUUCUUCUGUUACUUGGUGGGCUCGGAGUACAGGUGGACUGGAAGUGCUCGCAGGAGGCAGCUGGGCCAGCACUUCCCCUGGGCCAGAUACAGGUUGGGGGAAAGGGGAUUCCAUGACUUCUGGCAGAAUUACUUGAUUGCUUUUCCUGUAUCCCCCACCCCACACCAGGACUCUGCUGCUGGCAGCCAGCUUCACAGCAGUGACUCAGUUCCAUCAGUCAUGACUGCAGUCUGCCUCCUUCCUUCCAAGGCUCCCAGAGUAACUUACUCUGGUAACAAACUCUUGGGAUUCUAAACGGUUGUUUUUGUUGCACACUAUGUAUCUUAAACUUCCCCCUUUCCUCUGCAGCCUGCCUUGUGUACUGUAUCUGAAACCAGCCUUGCCACUCUCAAACAGCCAAAAGAUACAGGCUUCUGGCUACCUAGGCAGCACUACAGAAACAUUUAUUCUCAUUAGCUAGGGGGAAGGGACCUAGGGUUGCCUUUUGAGUCUUUUUGGUUACUUGACAAAGCUUUAUGUGGAUGACUGGGAGUGGGGUGGAAAUGGAACUGCACUUUGGAGGAUGAUGUGUUUCGCUUGUAUGUGUCUGAAGGUUUUAUUUAUUAAAAGUGGGAGAAAUGAGUAAAAGGAAACCACGUAAUAAACAUGCUUUGUUUCGAGUUUCUGGACUGUGGGGUUCUGGCUCUCCAUCACUUAAAUUUCCUUUUCUCCCAUUUUGGUAAGGAAUAUGCUAGCUGAGUGCAUUAGAUAACACGGUAGGUAGAAUUUAACAACCGCUGCCCUCUGCUUAAAUGCCUGUGAUGCUUAUCAGUACUAGAGGCAUCACCUGGCACUGCCCUGAAGCAACAGGCUAAACUGUAACAAGAGAGCAAAAUGUGUUGGGAAGCAGCAGCAAAACACAUCCCUUGGGUGUGCAAGGCACCUUCUGACCUAAGGCACAUGUCAAAGUGAACUGCGUGUGGAUAUCUUAGAAGUCAGUCCAGGUUUCAGGCUGGAACUACCUGCUGUCUCAGCAAUGGCCCCUGAAGGAGAACUGCUGUGGCACUUAAAGGGACCUGACUUUCACAGCUGGGCAACCCAAAUGCACUAGCCCAGACUAGUGGCUUAGAAGCAUGCACUGCUUCAGCAGUAACCCUCAGGAUGCGAGAGAUACAAGCACAGGAACACUAUUAAUUUGGGGGUUUAUCAAAAAAUAUAUAUAUAUUCAUGCCUUCCUCUAUGUCUGAGUUGGUCAAGCUUCCUUUCUUUAUCAGCAUGGUAGAAGCAGCUUUUCUAGCCCCAAGCAGAUAAGAACAUUUAAGAUUCAUGUUGAUUUCCAUAUACAACUGAAAAAGAGGGUAAAUGAAACAAAAUGUGUUCGCCUCUGAACCCACCAGGGGAAGAUGAAGCUGUUUUUUUGAAUGCUCUCCUUUCAUUUGAAUGGCUCUGGUGUUGUCUCUGGGUAACUGGCCCAACACAUGACUCAAGGCACAACACUAGUGCUGUGGGCUCCCAAGCUCCUAGCUGCAUGGGUUUGUGUACAUACUAUAUCUGUGUAAUAUGCUGUAUAUUCCUUGAAAAGAGACUAGCCUUUUGCAGUGUUUAUACCUGCUCAAGCUGCUCAUAGCCUGUAUCAUAAGAAUAACUCUAAUGGGCAGGGCUGUGAUUUAAUACCGAACAUUACUGUUAUAAAUGGAAUAAAUAUUUAUUGGGUGUUCUAGUCCAAGACUGUGAAGGAAAAAAAAGACUAUUGAAGUUUUGCAGUCUGCUGCAGAGGUGACCUAAUGCUGUUACAAAUUUGCUUUCUUUCUGAAUAAACUUAUUCAGAUGGG